CGCUUGAGUAUUGUUUCUAAAAAAUCGUCAUUCGUAACGCGGAGAUGGACUCAUCAAGUGCUUCCUCAUCCUCCACAACAUUCUUAUUACCAGACAGCCCGCCUCCGGAGAGGAAGCUGAACUACUGGGAGCAGCAGAAGAAGCAGCAGAAAAGCCUCAGCUCAGCUGCCACCUCUGCUCCUACAGCUGUUGCCUCCACCUCUGGCGCCUCCUCAGAUCCCUUGAAGAAACAAGGGAUCUUUGUACGUGAGGAGGAUUCCUCCAUCAUCAUCCCAGACAGCAGCCCUCUCCCGCAAGCUACUUGGGCACCACGCCGAGCGGCCCUCACAUCGGUACCCGCCCCCAAGCAGUCAGUGAAGCGGAGGUUGUUUGUCAACGACGACGAGCCCGACGUCCUCACUCAAUCAAAGAUACGAGUGCAGCUACAGGAGUCGCAAGACAGCUCAAUAAUGUCUCUGUUACGGGAGACGGAGGAGGGGGAGGAGGAGGAUGAAUUGGACAGUGAGACAGACGACUUUAUUCGAAUUAUAAAUUCUAGAUGUGAAAACCCUGGACGCCUCUGCGGGAAUUGGAGGAGGGGUUACCAUACCCCAUCGUGGACGUCCGGGAGGCGUCCAACAAACAUGGACGUCGCAUCAUCUUGA